UUUUCAUUUACGAAGGUUCGUAGAUCAUCUAGAUGUAUGACGCUGAUUGCCGUGAGUGACGACCAGAAGAACUUAAGCUACAUCGUCGAGGGGGCUGUUGGUAACAAUGUCCUCAUCUGGCCCACAAGACUUCUGAUCGUGACUCAUUUGUCGCUUCGUGAACUUCAUCACCUCCGGAAAUCUCUGUCUGUCUCCAAUGCCAUGGUUAUGGAGUUGACGAAGAAUUCACGGAGGUGCGGUGUCUAUCUGUAUUUGCCAUACAGCCAUCGAGUCGUUCUCUCUGCGUCUUGGACAGAGUCGACCGGGUUGGAUGUGUAUGGGGACCAACAACUCUUCCCAAACAAAUUCAAGAAGUUAAGAGACGGCGCAGAGAUCGUCGUGGCAGGAAAUAACUUGCCUCCACACAUAUCGAUCCAAGAGGUAGCCAAAGAAAACGGCCAGGGAAGAGAGUUCUUAUAUUCAGGACCAGUCAUGAGGUUACUUAGGAUAUUAGCAACGAACGUCAACUUUACGUACCGCUUGGUUCAACCCCCUGAUGGUUCCUGGGGCAUCCUCUUCCCAAACGGUACUUGGAACGGAAUUAUUGGCAUGAUUCUGAAGAAGGAAGUUGACCUUGCCCUGGGUCCCUUCGGGGUAACAUACGUCAGAUCAAGAGUCAUCGACUACACGAACACGUUACUGGUGGACUACGGACAUAUUCUUGGAAGGAGAGGCAACACAGAGGUGGACCCUUGGGGAUUCCUCUUGCCGUUAUCACCAUCGAUAUGGGCAGCGGCAUUUGGGACACUGACUCUCAUAUUUAUUUUUUCUGUCGCCAUCAGACGCAUCGACCGAUACAUUGGUGUGUCUCUGUCGAAGGUGGUUCCAUCCACGUACAUCCAAGCAUUCCUGCAACAAAAUAUUGUGGUACCACCAGACAGUGGGUGGGAUAAAGUGUUACUUGGCAGCUGGUUGUUGUGCAUCUUGGUCCUCCUUGAAUGUUACAGCACAAAUUUGAUCACUUUACUGGCAGUGCGCCAUGUAAGGGAACCUUACCAGAAUGUUAGAGAUGUCUUGGACGACCCCAAGGUCAAGAUGCUCUGGGUUGCUAAUACUGCACAUGCGCAGUAUCUCUCGACUGUGGAUUCAGGCAUAUUCUACGAGGUAACUGAAGCGGGAAAACGCGGGAAACUAAGAUUUAUUCCAGCGAAAGUGUACGACACGAUCGUCGACGAAUUGGUAUCACGUGGAGACUACGUUUUAAUGAAUCCUCUUCUAAUGAUGAAAAUCUUCCUUACCGAGGAUUAUAUGGAUAAAGGAAAAUGUAAAUUCUACGUGUCAAAAGAAACCUUUUUACCCUUGACGUUUUGUAUGGUGGUCCCCAAAUACAGUCCUCUGCGUGGUCCUAUUAAUGAAGUAAUAAGAGGUGUAGUUGAAGGGGGGUUUUAUGAUUACUGGCUGGAAAAUGCCUUUACUAAUGCAAAGUCCUGCAAGAAUCCACCAACGAAAAUCACUGUCAUGGUGCCUCUGUCUUUGGCGAAUCUGUGGGGCAUGUUUGUGCUUCUUGUGGGCGGUUACCUUGCCAGCUUUGUAGUCCUGUGUCUGGAAAUCUCUGGGAAAAAAUUCUCCGGUUCUCAAGUUCCUUCGCUCAAUGACUCGCUAAGAAAAAGGUUAUCUCCAGAUGAGAACCGAUGAAUCUUUAUUAGAUUACAUUUAUAGGCGCUUACAAUGGAACAGAAUAACAAUCUUAAAACCUCCUUUUAUUAAACUGACAAAUAUAUGUUUUCUUCCAAUAUUAAUACAGUUUGUUAUGAUGUAUCAUUAUAAAGUGUAAUAUAAU